CAUGCAUCAAACAGAGUUGUAAAUACUCUUUUCAUUAGAGCUACGGCCCUUUUAGAGUUCACAAUGAGUCCAGAAAAGCAAAACAUUUUGAGGAAGUGGUUUUUCCAGAAACAGGAAACCCAACGUGACAGUUUAUGUACAAAGACAAACGGAAACAUUAAAUAGAUCCGUGGAACAACCUCAAAACAGAAGACUAGAAACAUCCCUGCAAAAUCACAACAUGGGAGCUCAACAAGUUUGGCAUCUUUCUUUCAUGUCGACCUGGAUAUUUGUCUUUUUCUUUCUUUCUGUAUGCUCAGGAAUGAAAAAACCAAAACUGAGCCUGGAAUCAACAGUCUUUGUGGCAAUAAAAGGCGAGGAUCUCAACAUUGACUAUGUUUUGAAGAUACCAGCAAACCAAACCGAAGACAUCUUGACGUGUGUCGAUCCUCACAACGAAGAGAUUUAUCACUCUGACAUCCCUUCGACCACCAAACCACAAACUGUCAGACAGACAUUGUUGCUGAAAAACCUGAAGCUUUCAGGAGAAUACAGCUGCCAAUAUAAUACCGUCGAAGUGUACUGGUUCACUCGAGUGAGAGGUGACGGGUACAAGGAGAUCGUUUUGGAUCAAAAAAAGUUCAUCAUAGUCCCCGUCAUCACAUGUGUGCUGCUGGUUUUCAGUGUGGUCGGCUCAGUGUGUGUCUUCAGAGGACAUUGGAUUGCACGCAGCACUGAAUCUGGCAACAUCAAAAGAAAUCAAAAGCAGAGCACAGAAGAGAGGAUGAAGAGAGAGAUGGAGGAACCCAACAUGGAUGUAAUACUAGCUCCAUCUACGUCUUUCUAUGCUAGUCUAGAGACUCGGCCCAGGUCCAUUUAUGAUGUGCUGGACCACUCAGCUGCCAACGAAGAGCCGGACCAAAGCAAAGCUAAACCCAAGAAAAGGGAACCGCAAAAGAAGAUUCCACAAACCACAGAAGACCAGAAUGAAGGCGUAUUUGAGUGUGUCUAUGAGAAUUUUUGAAUCAGUGGCUGGAAUUAUCUCAGUUUGAUUUCAUUAACAUAUCUUCUUAUUUAAAGAAUUGUGGCUGCAGGAGUCAAUACUCUACAAGUUACAUGUUUUAAGAAAUAUAAUGUCUAAAUGUAUUUGCCAGAUUAAUGACUCCUAAAAUGAAAUCAUCUUGGGCUCAUCAAACAUAACGUUUAGUACUCCACGCUAUCAAACCCAGCUGUGAAGACAUUGGUAUAGUUGUCCCUUUUUUAGGACACUGAUUUAUAUUCUUUUUAAUCCAUUAGUUGUAUCUUUGUUAUUGUGCUCUUGUAUGUAAUUUAUUCUAUGAAAUGUCUUGUCUUUUAUCUGGACCCUGAGUCUGUAAUAAAUGUUUUUGAUAUUUGGACAAAGUUAAAACUAAA